AUGCCCCCACGUGAUCAUGCAAACGAACUCCUGGAUUUUCAGUUCUAUACACUCCAAGAGUUCACUCGGGAAUGUCGGUCUCUUUUGAAGCCACGUGAAGGGGACAAUGAGGAUGAUUCAGAUGCAAGAGUGGUUGAGUUUGCAACAUCUGGCAGACACCCGGACCUUGCCAUACAAGCCUAUGUUGAUGUUCUGGCAUAUGUGCCCCCCGAUAACACAGAGUUCACACUGACAAGGGAUUUUGACUCCCUCAUAUACAUCUCACGGACACUCGGGCACAUCAGAAGAGCACUGAGCGUCUAUCCCAUCCCUCAAUUCAAACACACUAUCAGGCGGCCCCUCCAUCUCCAGUAUUCUUUCCAUCCAGGUACAACAGCAAAAUUACACAAGAUCCCCAACGUCGGCUUGGCAUCCAUUGGCGAACGCAUCACCAUUAGCCUCUUCCUCCCUGGUCUAAGCUCCGAGGAACAUGAUGGCCCCCAACUUACACAGGAACAGAUGGCCACGCUAUAUCAGCAAGUCAUCAAACCGGCAGCGCUCACGGUACAGCCAACGACAAAGAGUUCAUGGCCCCCAUCUUACCGCACCGAAAUGUUUCGAUGCUCACAUUCUGGUGGAGGGCUUUCGUUUGGAUCCGUACUGGUCGCUUCCGAUGAUGCUGCACUCUUUGGUGAUGAAAUCAUGCGUCUCCUUGGCACAUAUCCCUGGGGACGGCGCGCCUUCUUUCUCACUGAUGUGCGUGGUCACAAGGAUGCAUGUCGCCACGCUGCCAAAGCGCCUUCAGAGCCAGCGGAGGAAUUCGAGGUGCGGUCGGAAGUGGAAUUGCGCAAAAUGGCUGAUGGUCUAGAUUUGGAUGAGAUGAUGGCGACAAAUGACAGGUUCAAUGCCUGCUAUGUCGACGUUGGAUUGGAAGUGUCUACAACAGACAAUUCAGUCUUCUGGCGUACGGAUGCCCAUCACCUAAUCCUACAAGAGAUGUUCCCCACCUGGAAUGAGGCCAUUUUGCGUGCACAUACUAGACCCUUGCACAAGAAUUACAAGCGUGACCUCGUAGCCCAGCUCACUGAGAUUUCUGGCUUCCGAUAUGAGGCGCCUGUCAGGCAAAACCAAAAUGGGGCUCAGUACCUCAACGUCUAUCACACAGACAAGGCACUGACCUACAGACUCUCUCGCAAGGGAGUCACCAACUCUGCAGAGGCAGAUGCCGUCGUCCUCACAGGGCGAGAUUCUUGGUUCCAGGGGAUGUACAAUACGUACUUCGAGGCAUAUGAGGAACGCUACACUGGUGCUGCCCGAUAUGAAGCACGAGUGCAGAUCACCAAGGCACAUGUGGUGCUGACGUCGAUCUCCUCUAACAUACUGUUCCGUGCAGCGUUAGUCAUUCCUCCCAAAGUGAUAUGGGAAUUCAAGCGCGUCCGUUUAUUAGCACUGUGGACUGUCAUCCGAUGGCAACAGAACAGUUCAGGCAACAACGCGACCAGGGAAGAAGCCCUUGCCUUACGGGCAACAAUACUUUGGAUGAUGAACUCGCUUAACAGUCGUCCACGUGAAGGUCAAGCAUUCAGACAACUUGGAGACUAUGCCCUCCCACACACUUUGGAUGCUGAAGAAAACGUCUUCACUGGGAAGCCAAUCAUCCUCCCACCAAACUUCAAUAGACCUCGUACAGACAUGCACUAUUGGGACACAGAACAGCAGUCACAACGACGGCAGCCACAGCGACGACAGCCUCAACGACGGCAGCAGCAGCGAGAAGAUGACAAUGACGACGAGGAUGAUGACAGUGACGAAGAAGAUGAGGAUGAGGAUGAGGAUGAGGAUGAGGAUGAGAUGAGGAUGAAGAGCAGGAGCAAGACUGCCCCCGAUUCGAAGUGUCACAAUGGCGUUGGCUCCCACGUGAAUGCUGGCCUGUACUGCUCAAACCAUGUGGUACGCUCCAACAGGCCAACGAUGUUGGUUGAUGAGGCGCCUGAAGGAGCAGAGGAGGUCCCCUUCAAUCUCAGUAGACUCCACAGAACAACAUUGAGGAUGGGCCACGAUGACGGGGAUGACCUCCCAUUCCAACAACAGGUUUCCCAAGGCGGCCGAGAUAUUCAACAAAUGCUCAAAGAUAUUUGGCGAACAUUCCCAGUUGAUGUCUUUAUAAAAUCCCCAGGGGUAAAAGGUGGGCGGGGUGCUCACAUUCGCCUCAACGACUCAGAGCGGAGGUCAGCCACGAUGGACAUCUUCGAGGACUUCAAUCUCGCACAUGCCUUUAUGCAUUGCAAGGUGAAGCGCGUUGACCAGUAUGACUGGGUUAAGAAUUUGGGGCUCUUCUUCCUCCCAAAAGGAGUGCAAGCACCUCCUGGUGGCAAGUCCUGGACCCACCUGGCUUAUUGGAACGAGUGGGGCAGUUUCAAGGAGAACCAGGACAUCACUGAGAGAGACGUGCAACUGGUCCGAAAGCAGAUCUUCAAGCGUUUUUCAAGGGCAGUCUGGCUUCCGAUGGCAGCAUCCGAUCGCCUUUGGAAUACCCGCAAGCGGAUGGAAGGCGAGAUGUUCCCAAGGGGUGCAGAUCCCAACCUCACUGCUCCCAUUGUACUUCUCAACCCAGAGUUCAGACUCAGCCAGAUCCAAUGGCUUCGUGGACCAAGAAGUGCCAGAGACAGAGAGCGUCAAGCGGUGGUGAAAGAGGAAGAGGAAAGUGAAGAGGAUGGACGGAUGCGUGAAGUGCAGAGUGUUGGGCGUGACUCUAAACUGGUUAUUCUGACUGACACGGAAGAGGAGCUAGUCAUUUUGAGUGACACAGACGACGAGCUAGUUGUUCUGUGA